GAGCUUUGAAAGAUUAGACUGUCCUGUACCUAGCUGUGUAUCCUUGAGCAGUGAAAAGUCAAAGGAGUUAUAUGGUGUUAAUUUCAACACAGAGCAACAGUCUGCCUCAGAGAGAGUGGACCAGGAGAGUUUAGAAGUUCUCAGUGAUCAGUCUUCCCAGCAGCAAGAAAGGAAUCUGGACUCAAUAUUUAUGCUCCUAGAGGACAACAUUUUCAGCUUUGUGAAGAAUGAGAUCAAGAAAACCAAGAAGAUUCUCAGCCCAGAUUACUCAGAUGGCUUAGAGAGUCAGGGGGAGGAUGAGGUGGUUUUGGAAAGUGAGGAUGAAGAAGAGCAGAAGAGGAGCAUGAGAGAUGCAGUUGUGAAGAUCAUUCUGCACUUCCUGAGGAAAAUGAAGCAGGGAGAACUGGCAGACCGUCUGCAGAACAUGGAUAUGAUACUGACAAACCUCAUCAAGGGCAACCUGCUCCCAUCUGCUCACCUCUGGAUAACCACACGACCUGCAGCAGCAAAUCAGAUCCCUCCUAGCUGUGUUGACAUGGUGACAGAGGUCAAAGUAAAGAAGGUCAAGUAUGAUCGAGGAACUGAGACAGAUCCACACUGGAGUCCAGGGAGCAGGAAGAUGAUUGAGUCUCUGGGCAAACUGGCUUUUGACCAACUGCAGAAAGGAAACCUGAUUUUCUAUGAAUCAGACCUGACAGAGAGCAACAUUGAUAUAAAAGCUGCCUCAGUGCUGUCUGGCUGUCUGAUUACACAAGUAGGUUGUACUUCUCUGGCCUCAAGUCUGAGCUCUAGCUGCUCCUAUCUGAAAGAGCUGGACCUGAGCUACAAUCAUCCAGGAGGGGCAGUCAAGCUGCUGCAGAAUCUGGAACUGAAAACUCUCAGGUAUGGAGAGACUUGUGCAGCCAUGGAGUAUGAAGGGGACACAAACACAGUGAACACAAAACUCAAACUGUCUGACAACAACAGGAAGGUGACACGUGUGGAGGAGGAUCAGUCAUAUCCUGAUCAUCCAGACAGAUUUGAUUACCAGUAUCCUCAGCUAUUAUGUAAAGAUGAGCUGACUGGUCGCUGUUACUGGGAGGUCGAAUGGAGAGAACUGGUUAAUAUAUCAGUGAGUUACAGAGGAAUCGUAAGGAAAGGAGACAGUAAUGACUGUUUGUUUGGAAGGAAUGAUCAAUCCUGGAGUCUGAGCUGCUCUCAUGAUUAUGGAUACAGUGUAGCAGUGUAUGUGGACUGUCCUGCUGGCACUCUGUCCUUCUACAGAGUCUCCUCUGACACUCUGAUCCACCUCCACACCUUCAACACCACAUUCACUGAACCUCUUUAUGCUGGAUUUGGGUUAUGGUUUGGUCAGUCUGGUGCUUCAGUGACUCUGUGCUGA